UCGAGUUGUGUGUACAGUCUCUCUUCUCGGAAGCACCGCGAUCUCUGAAUCGGCUUUCGACUCGCAUACGUGGUAUUUACAUAUCGUGAAUGAUGACCUCUCAUUGAAGCGAGCCAUGAUCGUACUACCGAAAGUUAUGUCGUUGUUGUUAUUGUUCCUGUGCACAACGUCGGUGUUGUCGGUGAGUGAAAACUUUCUGAAGAUGUUUGAAGGCCAGACUCCUGCUGACCCGUGCUACGACGAAGACCGGCCAAGACGAUGCAUUCCUGACUUCGUGAAUGCGGCCUACUUAGUGCCGGUUAAGGCGUCCUCCACCUGCGGUCUGCACUCGCCUGUGCACUACUGUGAGGUACCCGAGCCUGCUGCCAACCCCCAAUGCCAUUUAUGUGACGAAAGGCAGGUCAAGAACAGAUAUCCCUCCUCGUACCUCACUGACUUGAAUAACCCCAAUAAUGUUACUUGUUGGCGGUCGGAACCCAUUCCUCCCGUUACUUCUAUAAAUGCUCCUCCUGACAACGUAACACUGACUCUGAGCCUGGGAAAAAAGUAUGAGUUAACUUACGUAAGCCUACAAUUCUGCCCAAUGACUCCAAAACCCGACUCCAUAGCUAUUUUCAAGAGCAUGGACUAUGGUAAAACUUGGCAGCCCUUUCAGUUCUAUUCCAGUCAGUGCAGACGUGUGUAUGGAAGGCCAAAUAGAGCCACAAUCACCAAAAUUAACGAGCAAGAAGCGAGAUGUACCGAUGCUCAUCGGUAUACUGGAGGAGACAUGUUGGGUUUCGGGCAAACCUCAAGAAUAGCUUUCAGCACGCUGGAAGGGAGACCAAGCGCUUCGGAUGUCGAUAACAGUCCAGUUUUGCAAGACUGGGUAACUGCCACAGAUAUUAGGGUGGUCUUUAACCGGCUACAUAUGCCCGUGGAAGACCUUUCCGAUAAUUUGGACGUGCUCGUGGAUGAGAGAAUGUUGAAUAAGCAUCAAGAGCACCAAGACGAUAACUUGCUCGAAAAAGAGCCGUCUGUACAGUUGGUGAACGAAAUGCAGGUUGUGGAGAGUGAUGAACAGAAUAUACCUAAGGCCGUGGUACCGCCUGUGUCCGCUAGCGGGAUUGUGGGAGGGUACCACCAGAUAACCCACCAGUAUGCUGUGGCGGACUUCGCUGUUGGGGGACGUUGUAAGUGCAAUGGGCAUGCCAGUCGAUGCGUUACUGGGCGGGAUGGACAAUUGGCUUGCGAAUGUAGACACAACACUGCUGGAAGGGACUGUGAACGCUGCAAGCCGUUCCAUUUUGAUAGGCCAUGGAGCCGAGCUACUGCUAGAGAUGCGAACGAAUGUAAAGGUAAGAUAGGUAGUACUUUCUUGAACUCGAUGUUUUGUAUAUCGUGA